AGUGGGCUCAGUCGCCAAAACUUUGGGCAUGGCCCUUCUGUGGCUGCAGCUGCCACUUGUGACGCUGGUGGCGGCACAGCUCCUCAGCGAGUUUCAGCCCAACCCUGCUGGCAAGGAUCCCAGCACUGCCUUUCUGGAGCUCAGCGGCGUGCCGGGGACGUCGUAUACUGGAUGGGUCUUGGACGUCACCAGCGACUGUGGCAGCGCGCAAGGCGACGUAGCCAUGGCCGCGGCGGUUUCUGGCAGCUUUGACGGCAACGGCCUGCUAGUGGUGACAGUGCCGGACUUUCAGAAUCCGAGCAUGACUCUGAUGCUGGUUGACGAUUUCACGGGCACUGGGGGAGCCGAUCUUGAUGCUGAUGACGACGGAGUUGUGGAUGACUGGUCUUUCUUCACCACUGUGCGUGAUGCGAUCUGCAUUCCCGGCUCUUCUGCGGAUCAGGCUUGCUGCUAUGGGGCUCAGCUUGGGGGUGUCGACACGGUUGCGCUGCACCAUGAUCCCUGGCUGGCCUUCCGAGGAGGUAGCGCCGGCUGGCAUCUCAUAGAUAAGUAUCCAGCGCAGAAGGUGCGGAAGAUCUAUGACGAGCAAGGCGACGUGGUGGAUGCGGAGCAGUUCGACUUCGACCCCGCCGACGAGGCAACCUUUGGGACCCCCAACCCACUGAGGAGUAACAACACGACCACCACGACCAGCAGCACCAUCUUCGCGACCACAACCGGCACAAGCUCUCAGAGCAGCAGUAGCAGCAGCAGCAGCAGCAGCAGCAGUAGUAGCGGCAGCAGCAGCAGUAGCAGCAGCAGUAGCAGUAGCAGCUACAGUAGCACCAGUUCGAUCAGCAGCACCAUCACCAGCACCAGCACCAUCACCAGCACCAUCACCAGCACCAUCACCAGCACCAUCAGCAGCACCAUAACGUCCGUGGUAUCGACCGGCAUGGUCACAUCAGCCACAAGCACAAGCAUCACCACCACGACCGGCUCGAGAACAACAAGCAGCACCUCGAACACGAAGUCAAGCAUCACUGUGUCCAGCACCGAGAGUGCCACAACGUUGACCGUGACUAGCACCCACACCACUAGCACUAGCACGACCAGCACCACCACCUUGAAAGGCGUGGUUGUGAUGCCGAACAUCAGCCUGGACUCGGCCCAGGGCUCUCUCACUCGAGAUGUGCUGCAGAGCGCCCUCGCAGCUUUGAGCUACCGGGAGGACAGCGUCUUCUUCCAGACGGCUACGGGCAACGUCACUGUCGUGAAGCUGGGCCAUGGGAGAGGUGCGAUGGGCACGGAGAUGAAGGUGGCCCUUCCAGAGGGGUUGGUGGCGCAGCUGGCGGAGGGGGCCAACUUGAUGCUGAGCUUCACGGAGCCCAGCGCGGAGCUGGCGCGGGCCUUCCGGCCGACGGGGCAGCUGCUGAGGAAGGCGGUGGAGGUCUCCUUGAUCAGGGAAGCGGCGGGCGAGGUGGAGGUCGCCAAUGUGACCAACCUCGCGAAGCCGAUUCUAUUUCAAAUCCGGGCCUCGCCAGCUGAAGAGGGCGACAGCUGCGCGUAUUUCGACUUUGCCACUGGCGCUUGGUCGGUGGAGGGUGUGUCCUUGGCCAAUAGCAGCUACGUGACACAGGAGCUUGGGGAGGGCGUUCCUGGGACUUGGUGCCAGCUGAGCCACCUCUCCCUUUUCGCAGUGAUGCAGGCCAUUCCUUUCGACACCAGGCUGGGGCUGGAUGAGAGCAGAUACUCCAUGGGCGUGGUGCCGGUGGCCCUGUGCAUUUGCGUGGCCGUGGGCUGCAUUGGCUUCCUGCUGAAGAGGCGCCUGCGGCCACCCGCGGCGGGGAAGACGGAGAUCCAGGAUAGCCAGGGGCGCUUGCACGCGAUACAAUUCACCCGACACGAGAUCGGGACGCAAAGCAAGCUGAGCCUCGGAGACAUCGAAGAGGGCGCCGAUGCCGGCUUCAAUAAGAAGGUGCUCGUGAAGUGGGACGUUGAUCCAGACAAGUUCUUGCAAUGCUUAGGUGAGCUUCAGGGGCACCGCUAUGUGUCCGUGUAUUUAAAUCGCAGCAGCUGCAAGGACCUGUCGCAGCUGCCUGAGGAGGGCUUGGAUGCGCCCGCCUUGGAAGGCCUGGAAGGCCUAGACGGCUUUGAGGAGGGCCAAAUGUGGCAGGAGGAGGAUUGGGAGCACCAGCCCCCAGACCUGUCGGUGCCCUUGGAGCAGUGGCCCGCCGCGCACCCCACCGUGUCCUCCCGCGAGGGCACUCUGUACGAUGAGAAGUUUGAGUUCGAGGGCGACUUAGAGGUGGAGCCUGGAGCCAGUGUGCCCGAGAAGCCAGCGCUGCGGCGUUGGCAGGUCUACCCAGACAACGCGGCGGUGGGCUACUGGUCCGCUACGCACCAGAGGCUGCUUCAGGGCGUCAUCUUGGGCAGGGGCCGCUUUUUAAAAGGCGGCUCCAAGGCGAUGCCGCAGUACGACUGCCUGGUGGGCGCUCGGCGCCAGCUGCGGCGCCGGGUGCUCUGCAGCCAGCUGCGGCCUGUGUUCGCUGAGGCGGAGCCGGUGGUGAUCUGGAUGGAGACGUUGAAGGCCUGGAAGCCAGGCAUCAUUGUCGACGUGGUGAAGAGCGGGGAGAUUUUCCAGGUCAAUGUGGAGGGUGACGAGUCUGAGGAGCCCUGCCGCGUGGUGGCGGAGCGGCUGCGGCGCCGGUACCCGUUGAACGCGGGGGUCCAGGUGUACAGAGGGCGCCAGCAGGGCUGGAAGGCUGGCCGCGUGCUGGAGGCCGCCGUGGAGCUUCCGCUGGUGCCCGGGGCAGACCCCGCGGCACCGCCGGCAAGGCUGGAGAUCCCGGAGGAGGAGUUCGAGCCGGAGGCCACGAUGAUCCGAGUGUUGCUGGACGAGGCUGAGGCGCCCGAGCUGGUGCCGUCCUACUUGGCACGGCUUCUGCCAGAACCAGAGGAUGAGGAUCCGUUGAUCGCGCACUGGAUCGACUGAUUCGGGAGCCUGGAAGCCACCUGAAACCCGGACAAACUGAGAAGCUGGCCGGAUGCAGUGGGAAAACAGAGAUCCCCAAGUGGUGCAAGAGACGCCUGUUCCGUGCUGGUUUUCAGGGGCGUGCCUUCUCAACACAUUCACUCAUGCUUGCAGCAUAGUGGAUUCACGAAAUGUUGUUUGAGCAGGGCAGCGGAAUUGGCAAUAGCAUGUUACAGCUGGUGUGUUUACUUGCGAUAUUCAACUCGUUGGAUCGACAAUUCGAUCCAGAUGGGCCGCGUCAGUCCCAAACGGGACGAUGCCCUCAUUUGGUGUGCUGGCUGCGCGCACCUGCCGCGGGCCAGAAACUUAGCCAAGAUGUGGACAUUGCAAGGCUUUUCCCCCCGAACCCUCAUCUCGGAGCCUUCUGUCCCUGCGAGAGUUC